GACUUGCCUGCCUAGAGAGAGAGAGAGAGAGAGAGAGAGGUUGGAAAUGGGGAGAGCCAAGGCAGUGGUGGUAGGAGGGAGCAUAGCCGGGGUGUCGUGCGCGCACGCACUCAUCUCAGCGGGCUGGGACGCUACGUUGCUCGAGAAAUCGGGCGCGCCACCCACCGGAAGCCCAACCGGCGCCGGCCUCGGACUGGACCCCCUUGCUCAGCGACUCAUCGAGUCCUGGCUCCCCCAACCGCACCUUCUUCACCAAGCCACCUUACCCUUAACCAUCGACGAGAACCAAGCAACGGAUGGUGAGAAGAAGAUCAGCUGGACACUAACAAGAGACGUGAAUUUCAGUUUUAGAGCAGCGUAUUGGUCUGAUCUCCAUAGCCUCCUAUACAAUGCACUACCACAACAUGUCUUUCUUUGGGGUCACCUGUUCACUUCCUUCCGCAUUUCUGAUGACAAGGCAUCUGUUAAAGUAAAGGCUAAAGUCCUACAAACUGGGGAAACCAUCGAGAUAGUUGCGAAUCUUCUUGUUGCAGCAGAUGGGUGCCUCUCUUUAAUCCGUCAGAGUUUUCUCCCGGACCUAAAACUGAGGUACUCAGGGUACUGUGCAUGGCGGGGGGUUCUUGACUUUUCAGGAAAUGAGAAUUCUGAGACUAUUAUUGGCAUCCGGAAAGCUUACUCUGAUUUGGGGAAAUGCUUGUACUUUAACUUAGGCUCUGGAACUCACAGUGCGCUGUAUGAGCUUCUUGGCAGCAGGAUCAAUUGGAUUUGGUAUGUCAAUCAACCUGAGCCAGAGUUGAAGGGAAACUCGGUCACGAUGAAAGUGAGCCGCAGCAUGAUCCAGUGGAUGCAUGAAGAAGCAGAGAGGGUUUGGGUUCCUGAAUUGGCAAGAAUCAUGAAAGAAACAGAGGAGCCUUUUAUUAAUGUCAUAUAUGAUUGUGAUCCUUUACCAAAACUUUUUUGGGACAAUGUGGUUUUAAUUGGAGAUGCUGCCCAUCCCACAACACCUCAUGGACUGAGGAGCACAAACAUGUCCAUAUUAGAUGCCGCAGUUUUGGGAAAAUGUCUUGAGAAGUGGGGAGUAGAGAAUACACAUUCGGCCCUUGAAGAAUAUCAGUCCAUCCGGUUGCCAGUCACUGAGAGACAAGUCCUGCAUUCACGGCGAUUGGGUCGCAUAAAACAAGGACUGCUUCUUUCUGAUCGCAAGCCAUUUGAUCCAAAAACAGCAAGCCUGGAGGAGUGCCAAGAGCUCCUGCAAAGAAACAUGCCGUUGACAUAAUGCUUUAUUCGAAUUUGAUAGCCAAGAAGAUUGAGCAUGCUCUCAGCUCACAACCACAUUCAUGUGUACUGUUCUUUGUACUUGUUUGUCACUUGUCUCCAGUUAUGUCAGAUUCAGUAUUGAGUUAUGUAUUUAUAUGAUUCAUGUAUCAUUGUGGGGGUAAUUCAAUGAUUAAAUAUAAUAACAUCACUUUUCUUUUUUUGUAA